GUCGUAGGAGGUAUUAUUUAAAGGUAAUAAAAUAAAUUAUGGUCACUUUGACAAGAAUUUAUUACUACAAAUUUCAGUAUAAUUGUAAAUAUGUUAAAAUACUAAUAGUGUAAGUUCUUCAGCCCACCCAGUAUACAUUUACACGUUUCCAGUACAUGUAAACAGAGUAAACGGUUAGAGACUAACCGGUCUUUUAUCAGUUUGUAGUGUUUUGAUUCUGUUUAAGUGCGCUGAAUGUGUGCCGGGGAUAACCCAGGGUCAUCUUGAUUUAUUUGUUUUUUUAUUUUUUGGUGGGGACAACUUGGGUUAAGUUAGUUAACAAGAAAAGUGGUCAAGAGUAUUUUGUUGUCUGAUAUUAAUAGCAUAUUAUAUUUAAAACACUAAACAUUUUAUUCGUUUUUCAGAUUUGGUCAUGAGAGCUGAAGUGAUUACCCUCUCGGGUAUUCUGAUAAGUCUUUUUCCCCUGAUAAACAGUUUGCCACAAUCAGGUAGUUUAGUAACUUCUACCAACAGCUACGUUACAGAAGGAAAUGAAGCCACUAAGAAACAAGAUGAUGCUCCAGUUUUUCCGAAAAUUUAUGAGAUGCGAGUUGAAGCGAACGUUUCCAACAGAUUUGCUAAGUGUCAAAUCACAAGCAAAGUAAAAAAUUUGGACAAAGAAGCUCACGAAGCUACAUUUUCAGUUGUGAUACCAGAACAAGCUUACAUCUCUGGAUUUAUCAUGGAAAUAGAUGGGAAGCAAUAUGAGGCUUAUGUUCAAGAAAAAGAAGAAGCUAAAAAAACUUAUGAUAAGGCAGUACAAGAAGGACAAGGUGCCGCUCAUGUCAGUGUUAGCGCAAGAGAUUCUAAUAGAUUUACAGUAUCUGUGAAUGUGGAACCACAAAAAAAAGCCAUAUUCUAUUUGAAAUAUGAAGAAUUAUUAGAAAGGCAAAAUAACCAGUAUGAACUAGUUAUUAACAUACAUCCUGGUCAACCAGUGAAAAACUUAGAUGUCCAGGUACACAUUGAUGAAACACGUCCGCUCAGAUUUGUAAAGGCUCCCCCAUUAAGAUCAGGAAACGAAAUUUCGAAAACUGAUGAAAAACUGAACCCCAAUGCUGAUGUCAAAAUGAUUAACGCCAGUUCAGCUGUUGUUACAUUUAGUCCAGAUUUAGAACAGCAGAAGCAAUACGCAACUGACUUGGGAACAGAAGCUGAAUAUGGACUAGCUGGACAGUUUGUUGUUCAAUAUGAUAUAGAGAAACUACCACCUGGAGGCGAAAUCUUGGUUGAUGGUGGACAUUUUGUACAUUUCUUCUCUCCAAGUGAUCUCCCAGCCCUUCCAAAACAGAUUGUCUUUAUUUUGGACACAAGUGGUAGUAUGGAAGGUAUUAGGGUGAUGCAAUUGAAAGAGGCAAUGAAAAGUAUUCUGCAAGAGUUGAAGAAAGAAGAUAUAUUUAGUAUUGUUGAAUUUGGGUCAGUUGUAAAAGUGUGGAAUAUUGAUAAACAAGCUGUUCAAUAUGAAUCCGGUAUUGAUGAAUGGGCAAAACCUGAUAACUCAGAAGCACUUUUUACAAAUAGAAUGCAACAACCAAUUCCUCCUCCGUAUCCAGCAUCUGAUGAAUAUUUAAAGAAAGCUGAAGGUGUAGUUGAGAAGUUGAAAGCGUAUGGUGGUACUGAUAUCGAAUCAGCUCUUCGUGUUGGUUUGGAAAUAGUCUUAAAAAAUAAAGAAGAUAAGAAACAUCAACCCAUAAUAGUAUUUUUAACAGAUGGAGAAGCUACAGUUGGUGAAACUAAUAAUGAUAGAAUUAUUAGUACUAUAAGCGAGCUCAACGGUGGAAAAACUCCAAUAUUUUCAUUAUCUUUCGGAGAUGGUGCUGAUAGGAACUUUCUACAGAAGAUAUCUUUGAAGAAUUUAGGGUUCAACAGACACAUCUAUGAGGGAGCUGAUGCAUCAUUACAGUUACAAGAGUUUUAUAAGCAGAUUUCCUCGCCUCUUUUAUCAAAUGUUACAUUUAAAUAUGUGAAUAAUGUAACUGAAGUUACUCAGCAAGAUUUUCCCAUUUUGUUCGAAGGUUCAGACUUUGUGAUAUCAGGAAAAAUAUUAGAUCCCGGUUUUGCUCCAUCUUUAGUAGAAGGUUGGGGAAUCAAUGGUCCAGUGAAACUUGUGCCAGUUGUAAAUCAAUCUGUGGGUAACUUGGAACGACUGUGGGCCUAUUUAACUCUUAAACAAUAUUUGAAACAACGAGAAGCUGCUGAUAACAAAACAGGACCUACCCAAGAAGCUUUGAGAAUUGCUUUGAAAUAUUCAUUUGUCAGUGACGUUACUUCUUUGGUAGUAGUCAAACCGAACCAAACUGAUGCUGUGGAUACUGAAGAUGGAAGUGACAAAAGGUAUCCAAUGAUAGCUGCUGGAGUUCCUCUCUCAGCUAAUUUAUAUCAUUCCAAAGCACCCAUGCUACCAUUAGCAGCCAGCGGUAUAAAUAUGCCGUCAGCUUCGUACUCGUUUAUUGUUAAAGAAGAGGAAGAAGAAGAAGAUCUGAACUUUUUUGAUAUGGCAACACAUCAUUCCACUACACCUCUCCCAAUUGUUUACACUACAGAAAGUACUCCAUCUCCAUUGGAACAAUUGAAACAAAAACUUCCAUGGCUAGCAGGAAUUUUGAAUGACAAUGGGACUUUAAAUCUCUCUAAAGGUGAAUUCAAACUGGGUUUGAAUGAAACUGUCCUCACUCAUCCCGAAUGUCCUUCAACAACUCCUCAUCAAACAGGAAAGUGUACAUUGAUCCAUGAAUGUCCUCAAGUUUUCACUCAGUUGACUGAUAUACAAACAUAUGAAAAAUAUUUCUGUGAUCUUCAAGGGUUUGCAGGCGUGUGUUGUCCAAAAUAAUACAUUUGAACCUGAUAUUUUAGUUGUACUUAUUUUUCAUGUUUUUAAGCGUAUAAUAAACACACAUUAAACUCUC